AUGGAGAGACAUCCUCUGCCUGCUUUACUAUUUAUGUUUCUCCUUACUGUCACCACAGUCUGUGUUAAAGAGAACACAGAGGCUGAUUUAUGUGCAGACAACCAAAAGGCCUAUAAUGGCUCUUGUUAUGAAUUUGUGACUCUGCAGAGGAGCUUUGUUAAUGCUCAGGCUGGCUGUGAGCGCAGCGGCGGACAUCUGGCCUUCAUCCACAAUGAAGAAACACAGCAGUUUCUCCAGAAACAUUUGCAGCCAGAGCUUAACUGGUGGCUUGGAUUAGCAUCUGCGUCCUUCAGCUUGACCUCAUUGCCUACUACAGAUUCUUUGCUCUGGCUGGACGGAUCUGAAGUGAGUUUCUCUAACUGGGUUGGGGAAGACAUGCCUUCAGUUGGCUGUGGCUACAUCUCCAAAGACUCAAAUUUUCACUGGGGGGUAACCAAUAACUGCAACCAAGAGUUCUACUUUAUCUGCGAGUUUGAAUCAGGACAGACUAUAGCCUGUGUGGACAACCAUGCCAUGCUGAAUUGUGACUCUGGUCAGGUCAUAGAGAUUGAUGAGAGCUUCUACGGCAGGAACACAGUGCACUAUUGCAGAGCCAAUCAUUCUCUCUCGCACACAUCUGUACAGAACCAAUGCAACUGGGUGGAUGUCAUGAGCGCAGUAUCAGACUUGUGUAAUGCCCAGCAAGUUUGUGAGGUUCCUGCAGCCACAUCAGCCUUUGGAGAUCCUUGUCCACAACUUGGAAGUUACCUGUCUAUAAAAUAUCACUGCAAAGAUGAUCCCAAUUUCUCACCAGGAAACGGAGUGAAAUCCUAUUCAAAGAUUAAAAGGUCUUUCUUUUCAUAUAACACAAUAAAUUAUUGCACAUGUGAUGAUCUACAUGCGAGCAGCCAAGCUGUUGUUAAGAUCAACUGUCUGACAAACUGUGGUACACUAGAUGUCAGUAUGGAUUUGUCUCUACAAUCAGACCCGGAUAAUUUGACAAAUGCUCAGUGGUUUUAUGUCCAGCCUGGUGGCCCAGUUGCUGUGUUUCCAUGCAACGUAUACAAUAAUGGUCAGAUACGUCUGAGUCAAAAUCUUGGAAAUGGUACCACAUAUAAUAUCUCAAGUGCAUACUUGAGCAGCCUUCGAUAUGACAUUACUGUUGUGGUAAAAGGCUAUAAAAAUCUAACUCUUGGUUAUGGUUGCUACAAUGUACACCUCCCACCACCCACCACACCAACCAGUUUCACAUCCACAGACCAAACUCAAACCACUGCCCCCAACCCUGCAACAAAUCCACAAGCUAACUGUGUAAUUUCACCUUCUACUGGAAGUAUCUUCACUUCUUUUAUUGCCAGUUGUGUCAUAACCCCAACUUUUUGCACUGGCCCUUGCUCAUGCUACCUGAAAACCUCUCAAGGUGAUUAUACUUAUAAUUGUAAUCAGGGCAUCAUGCCAAACAUGUUCCUUCCUCCGGGAAACAUCGAACUAAUAGUCACCAUCACGAAUAAUGCUGGUCAGACAAUCAGCACUAUAGUCGCUGUUCAGGUUAAAAAUAGCUCUAGUGACUCUGCCGACCUUGUACAGAAUGCAGUGUCACAAGCUUUAAAUCUGCAGAAAACAGGAGCGAUUUCAAGCUCUGUGUUGGCACAGUUGUUUGCGAACUUUUUUACUAAUAUAAACAGCAGUUAUAGUGAAGAUGUUAACAAAAAGCUGGUGGAGAGCAUGUGUCAGUCUUUGUGUAAUGCGGUAUCAGACAGAAAUACCGUCAAUGUUCACGAGGAGAUAAAGACAAUUUCUUCCGCGAUCCAAAGCCUAGUUACACAAGAAAAUCUGCUGACACCAAAUUCUACAGCAGGGGCGUGCUGUGUUCUUGACCACAUUAGUCAAAACCAAAUCACUUUGCCUGAAGGGAGUGGAAAUAUCACAGCAGCCACCGCAGCUUUGCCUAUUGUUUCAUCAGCCAGUAUUCUCCUCAAACUUUCAAAUAAAAACCAAAAGACCUCUGGACUAUUACUCAGGGUAAUGGACCAAGUGCAGAGCGCCCUGCUUGUUAAUAAAUCGAUAAACACAGAGCCAAUAGUACUCACUUCUCCACUGAUUAAUCUGUAUGUAAACAAGGUAACAUCAGAUAGGUUAAACCAGUCAAAGAUCCAAACUGGGAACAAUUCAGCUGCCUUCUCACUUCCGCCUUCGCUUUCCCUUCUGACUCCGUCAGAUGAGCCAGUGACUUUGCGUAUGCUGAGCCUUGGGAUAAACCCUUAUCUAUGGAACCAAGAAGAGGACAUUAUGGCAACAGUUGGGGGGCUCUCUCUUACCAGAGAUAAUGGCUCUGUUAUCCCGGUGAAAAAUCUUGAUGAGGAAAUCGAGAUUUUUUUACCAAGACCAGGUUUCGCGAAAACAAACUCAACAUUUCUGAACCUGACAAGUUACAGCACUAUGGCCAUCAAUGUGUCUGCUCCAAACACCUCUCUGGUGCUGAAACUGGAGCCUUCAGAUGAGACACCUUUGAUGUUACAUCUGGGCUUCCAAUACCAUCCAAAUGACACCAAGUAUUUGGCUAAAAUUCAAUUCCCUCAACCAGAUGACUCUCAAGCGGGCAUGUAUACGUGGGUUCUGACCCCCAACGAUGUGGCAUUAGAAGCGGGAGUUUACUAUCUUCUAGUGAGGCCUAUUGUAUCAGCAGGUGUGAAUUCCACAAAUGCGUCAGUGUACAUCACGUCGAUUGCUGCUAACUGCAAGUACUGGAAGGAGUCCGAGAGCAGAUGGAGUGAACAUGGCUGUAGGGUUGGCCCUCUCACCACAUCUCUGGUAACUCAGUGCUUGUGCACUCACUUGACAUCUUUUGGGAGCUCCUUCUUUGUCAUGCCGAACACGGUGGAUGUGUCUCGUACUGCUGAGCUUUUUUCUACGUUUGCCAACAACCCUGUGGUCGUGUGUUUUGUUGGUGCCAUAUUCCUGGUCUACAUUAUAACAGUGAUAUGGGCACGCAGGAAAGACCUUCAAGAUAAAAUAAAGGUGAGAAUCACUGUGUUGGAUGAUAACGACCCACUGGCUGAAUAUCGUUACUUGGUGGCUGUCACUACGGGGCAUCGCCAUGGAGCUGCCACAACGUCUAAUGUUACACUGACGCUUAUAGGCACUGUUUGGGAGAGUAAACCUCAUCAUCUGAUUGAUCCAGAAAAACCUGUGUUCACUAGAGGAGCAGUGGACAUAUUUUUGCUCACUACUCCUUUCUCUCUUGGAGAUCUGCAGAGCAUCAGGCUGUGGCAUGACAACUCUGGAGAGAAUCCUGAUUGGUAUGUCAAUAAGGUGAUGGUACAAGAUCUGGAGACUGGACAGACAUGGCAUUUUUUGUGCAACUCAUGGCUGGCUAUUGAUUUAGGGGACUGCACUUUGGACAAGGUGUUCCAUAUAGCCUCUGAGACAGACUUAAAAGGUUUUAAAAAUCUCUUCUUUACGAAGACAGUAAAAGAUUUCUGUGACAGCCACAUCUGGUACUCUAUCUUAAGUCGACCUGCGAGCAGUAAUUUCACUCGAGUCCAGCGCCUCUCUUGCUGUUUCUCCCUGCUGCUCUGCACCAUGUUAACCAGCAUCAUGUUCUGGGGGAUUCCCAAAAACCCCUCUGAGCAAGACAUGGAAUUAGGGACUAUCACAUUCAACUUGCAACAAGUGAUGAUCGGGAUCCAGAGUUCCAUUAUAAUGUUCCCCGUCAAUGUCUUGAUUGUAACCAUAUUCAGAAGCACCCGGCCUCGAAAAAAGAAAGAAGUAUCAAUAAUUCAGGAGUCCAAAUCUGGAUCUCCCAAGCAGGAGAAAAAACUUGCAGAAAGAUGGCGCAUUCAGACAGACGUUACUGUUGAGAUUGUCCUUAAAGACUUAAAGAAAAUAGUCCGUGCCCUGGCUAAGGUAGUGAAGUGUCCCGUUCCAAACGCAUCGAAGGAAUCUGAAACAACGGACAUCAACACUUUAUUGUUGGUACUGGAAGACAUCAUUCGGCGGCAGAAUUUCAAUCUUAGCAAAAUUUAUGUAACAGAUGCUGAAAAUAAGAAUUUAUACAAGCUUUAUUGGCACUACCUAUACAAACAGCUUCGUAAUUUUGAAAAAGAGCUGAGGCUGCUGGAUCCAUCUCAAUUCCCUAAGCCAGAGGGCUACCUUCAGGCUAUGGUUCGGGUUCAAAAUAUGAAACUGUUGCUAGAGCCCUAUUUCUAUUCUCAGUUUAUGAACAGUGAAGCCCAAAUCGCCAGCCCUGAAGAAGUGCAAAAGAAAAAGUGGUAUCAGAAAGGCUUACCCUGGUGGUUUGUGAUUGUUGGUUGGAUUCUUAUCGCAGCCACUAGUGGCGUGUCGGCAUACUUCACCAUGAUGUAUGGGCUGACAUAUGGAAAAGAACGCUCCAUCAGCUGGCUUAUUUCUAUCUCAGUGUCGUUCUUUCAGAGUUUGUUUGUCACUCAGCCUAUAAAAGUACUUGGAUUGGCGAUCUUCUUUGCUCUUGUGAUAAAAAAAGUUGAAAAUCAGGAUGAUAAUUAUUUCCAUGUGUUAAAGCAUAUGACACUAACCUACUCAGAGGAUCCAGAUGAUGUCCGCAUUUCCAGACGGAACAGCAUGUCCUUGUUCUACCAACCUCCUCCUCCUUCUGAUAUUCAGAAAAUGAAGGAAAACUUUGUUAAAAAUCAGAAAGCUGUUGCCUUAAUUAGGGAGAUUAUCAUUUAUUUUGCAUUUCUGUGCGUAUUACUCCUGACUACAUAUGGUCAGCGUGAUCCGAACGCUUAUUAUCUCACUCGGCACAUUCAGCAAAGUUUUAGCACUGGGAUCACUGACAGCAUGAGCCCUGGAGAUGUGUUUAACUGGGCAAAUAAUGUCCUUAUCAGCAACCUCUUUGGACAACGUCCAGGGUUCAUCACAGAUGGAAACUCAAAGCUUGUGGGAAGUGCCCGUCUCAGGCAGGUUCGAGUGCACAAGGACUCAUGUGAAAUUUCCAAACCCAUGCAACAAGAUGUUCAUGAUUGUAAUGCCCCAUACACUUGGUCUGUCGAGGAUAUGGACUCCUACGGUCCGGGCUGGAUCCGUUCAAAAAAUGUAAAUAUAUCUAAGACCCUUCUCAUGCCCUGGCAAUACCAAACCCAGUCCAAACUCAGGGGGCAUCCAAUCUGGGGCACCAUGGCUUUGUACAGAGGUGGAGGAUUUGUACUGGACCUGGGUCUUGACCCACAACAAGCAAGCAGUAUGCUACAGUACCUGUUUAACAACACUUGGCUAGACAAAUACACACGGGCAAUUUUCAUUGAGUUCACGGUAUACAAUGCAAAUGUCAACCUCUUCUGUCUCGUCACCCUGAUGCUAGAAACCACCGCAGUGGGAGCGUUCCAGUACAGCAGCGAGCUAUAUAAUUUGCGUCUUUAUCAGACAACGAAUGGCAUUAAUAUAGUGGCCUCUGAGGUCAUUUAUUUUCUUUUCAUUCUAUAUUAUAUGUUUUUGCAGGUGAAGAAAAUAAAGCAGCAGAAAUUGCAGUACUUCAGAAGCAAGUAUAACCUUCUGGAACUCUCCAUCAUUCUUUUAAGUUUGGCUGCACUGGGUGCAAUCGUCAAGAGGACAAUUCAGGGAAACAAAGAUCUGCAGUAUUUUCAGGAAAACAGAGACCUUUUCCCAAGCUUCUAUGACACGGCCUCAGCUGACAUAUUCCUGGGGAACAUUUUGGCUUUCCUGAUUCUGCUGGGCACCAUCAAAAUGUGGCACCUGAUGCGCCUCAACACCAAACUGACCUUAAUCACCCGCACAAUGCAGCGAGCUUGGAACAACAUCUCCGGUUUUAUUAUUGUCUUAAUCAUCCUGGUCCUGGCUUACUCCAUUGUGAGUAAUUUGCUGUUUGGAUGGAUCCUGUACACCUACAAGACUCUUCAAGAUUCCAUGUUAGCAAUUGUCGCCUUACAGCUAGGCAUAUUCAAUUAUGUAGAGGUCCUGGAUUUGAGCCCAGUGCUUGGAGGGUUCCUAAUUCUCUCUUGCAUCAUCUUCAUGACAUUCGUGGUGCUGAACCUUUUCGUCUCGGUUGUUCUUGAGGCGUUUAGUCAUGAAAGAAAGCAUUAUAAGCCAUCUGAAGAGGAGGAAAUAGUAGACCUGAUGAUGAUAAAGAUCUGCAAGAUGGUCGGCAUCCCAGUGAUGAAGAGAUGAUAAAAAAAGCCAAACACAACUCAUCCUUAUACUUUGUGAUAUGCUUAAAAUAAAGAUGAACAAAAUAUUCAAUUUCUAUUAAUAAAUAAAUAGAAAAGCAUAUAUUAGAGUUUACAAUGAUAAUGUUAUGUUUUACCAAAU